AUGGCUGCUUCGGGAGUAGGCGGAGGCCCUACUGAGGCCCAGGUCAUGGCAGAGAGGCUGCUCGCUGAAUUCGCGAGUUGUGACAUGACCAGUGUGGAAUGGAAGAUGGAGGUCGGCUCAGAUACCGAGGUCGUAUCAUGCGUGUGCAGAGAAUGCCUACACCACUUUCGGGUCAAGGUCACUGGUGGAUCCCCCAUCGCCAGUUUUGAUGUGAAUCAUACUACAGGCAUGCACAUCUACGCCUUCGGUGGUCGCGAUGGCACUCACACCCUACGGGCGACCCGAGUAGGCGACGAUCAUGUUAUGGACAGAUGUCACCUCGUCUGUACUGUCGACAACUGUUACAGCAAGGUUGAGUUCGAGCGACUAGGUUACCGCGUCAGCAGGGGAGAGAUCGACAUGCUUAAUGACGCUCACCGGACCGCCCGUCACUUCAAGGAAGCUUUGGCUCAGGAUGCAGACAGAUUCAGAGACCUCGAAAAUAUAGAUUGGAACUGUUUCGACAUGCUACUGACAUACAUAGCGGACGGGCUCAACACCAAGGACAAUGAGAGUCCUAAGAAGAUCAAGACCCAGAACCGGAAGUUCAUGGUCGGGUUCAGUCACGAUUUUGACGACCUGUUUCGAACUUUGGGUCUCUCCCACACUGUCGACAACAGCGAGGAGAUGUGGGUAUUCCCCAAGCUGGAGCCUGCCCAAGCACCCACACGUCUCGGAACGCAACGGUCCAAAUGGGAGGAAUUCGAGUCCGAAUUGUUGCUGUUUAGCACUAAGGACAACCCGCGCCGAGGCAGACCUGCCUGGGAUAUGCUCACACGCCUUCUACACAGCAACUACGCGUCUGUUUCCGGCAAACCUUCCAUUCACGAGUCCGACAUGGCCCUUCUGGGCUGCUUGGCUAAUUACCAACCGUAUAUAUUCGUCGAGGCCGCAAAAUUCCUCGCCGAGAAAUGCCCAAUGCGGCGUGAUGAGUUCUUGAAAGCUGCGGAACGUUCGAUUGGCAGUAACGAAGACGCCCAGACGAGGCUCCUCUUGUACCGCUCUUCUUUCGAUGCAGUCGACACCAUUCCUUCUGCAAGCCCCGAAAUCUUGGACGCUUUCGCAUUUUUCGACACGACGCCCACCGGACAAACUAGUGUGGAUCAUUUUGUCAGCAAGUCCAUGGUGUUUCUUGAUGCAAACAAGGCAGUCAACGACAAGUUACAGCUCAUCCAGAAUCUUAGAACCGUUGGAGACUACUUACACCAAGACCUUGUGACCUUGGUCAGCGGGGUUUUGCCCGAUGUCUCGGACCAGUUGGCAGGUCCUCAUACCGGAGCAAUGAACCCCGAUCGAGUGGCCGAGGUUCUCGCUCCUGCUCAAGUGGAUUGGACGCCAGAAUUCGCCGAGUCGGUUGUUAACAACCUUCUUCAAGACUCGACGAAGGACCGCCACGAAAUUGCAGAUGCUCUAAAGACAUGCGCCAAAUGGCAAAGGGACCGUGGUCAUACGGAAAAUGCCGCCAAAUACGAAGAGUGGGCAGGUAUCUUCAAGGCCGACGGCGCUGUAAAGCCAAAUGAUAUCGAGGCUGGUCAACAGGCAGUACACCUAGCCAUGGACCGAAAUACACCCCCAGGUCUCCGCAACAUCGGCAACACCUGCUAUCUGAACAGUCUCCUUCAAUACCUCUAUAGUGUCAAAGCGGUUCGAGAGCUUGUGUUGAAUUUCCCUGAGAAUGGCCUGGAGCUCAAUAUGGAUAGCAUCAAGCAGCGCCGGCUUGGGUAUGCCAAUGGCCUUGAGUUCAAUCUUCAAGAGGCUAUAGUUGGAAGACAGUUCGUGGAAGAGUUGCAGUCUCUGUUCAAGGAUCUACAGACAACUACGGAGGUUGCGACCGUGCCGUCUCAGAAACUUGCUAACACGGCAAUGCGAUCCGCCUCUGAUCUUCUUAACAGACAGAAGCAGAAGCAAGAUGAUCCAGAGGUCAAGCCCCCGCCUCUGCCAGCUAGGCCAUCACCUGCGCCUCCGACCUCAACUUCAAAAGAUGCUGAUUUGGUCAAUGUCUCUGUUGAGCCGAUCAGCGAGUCGCUUGAGACUGCCAGUGUCGUCAGCUCACAGACCUUGGUAAAUGAGGAGGAAGGUACCUCAACAGAGUCAUAUGUCGAGGUCAAUUUGCCAGAUGAAGAGCGACAGCAAGCUAACCAAGCUAUACACAACGAGGACUCUGUAUCAAAAAACAAGGAUGCCGAGUCUCUUGAUGAGCUAUUCUCUAGCACAACAGACCUUGAGGAGAAGGAGCGAUUAGUGGCACAACGACUUGAGCAGUCUGAUCGAAAAGGCACCGAUCAGCAAGAUGUGGAAGAAAUAAUUGGCUUCAUCUUUGAGCACAUCAUGCGUGCGAUUAGAUCCAACGGCCCCAUGCCAGGCAAGCCCGCGUUGCAGGCUGACGCCGUCACGGAUACCUUCUUCCCUUUGCUUGUUCACUAUACUCUCAAAUCUGACGCGGAUCUCGAACAGGCAAGAGCAGAACUCAAUCCGGAUAGAUGGAUCAGCACUUACCCUCAUCCGCGGGAUGGAGUAUCCUCGUCUAUGUAUGAGGCCCUUGAUCGCUCCUUUGACCUGCAGUUCGUCGGUAGCGACCUUGCCCGGUUCUCUGCUAUACGCAGCCUUCCUCCUGUAAUGCACAUACGCAUUCAGCGAGCUAACGCAACACGAGCCGGCUCAUCCAAGAAUCGCAACCCUGUCAUCUUGACUGAAGAACUCUACAUGGACCGUUACAUGGACGCAGCCCCCAAUUCCGACCUUGCUGUGAUGCGGCGUGCUGCAUGGGCACUUCAAGGCCAUCAGACUGCACUCGAAGCGAUUGAUGAGCGAGCACCUAGUGCACCAGAUGUGAAGUCUCCAGAGCAGACUGCCACAGUUGAUGAUCAGGCAUUCGAAAUAAUAGAUAUUGACUCACUUGAACUCGAUGAAGCAUCCACCGAGUAUUUGGACGACACAUUCCCUAAUUCGCCGAUCGAUUCUUCUCGCAAGCGAAAGAUCGAGGGAUUGCAUGAAUCUGCUAUGGAUACACCGCCUCCUGCAAAGAGACGAAGCACAUCGCCGGGCGCUAGAGAUACCCUGAUGAGUCGGGUCACUCAGAUACUCAAUGCAUUCGACGUAAAAUGCAAUGAGAAGGCCGGCGAGUCUGAAGUUUCCAAAGAAAACGUCGAGACCUUCUACGGCAAGUUGACGAAACAAAAGUACCGCCUUCAUGCUGUUAUUUGCCAUUCCGGUGGAGCGGUAGCUGGUCAUUACUGGGUCUGGGUUCGUGAUUUUGAGAGGGACACGUGGAUCAAAUUCAACGACAGUACCGUCACUGUUGACAGCCGUGAUCCUCAAGUUGUACUCGACGAGCUCAAUAAGACUGGCGAUCCAUGCUACGUGGCAUAUGUCCGCGACGAAGAUAAGCAGGACAUUGUCGAUGUCCCGCAACGCGCCAUGCCCGAUCCCAGUAUGCGCGCCGCCGAGGGAAACGAUCAAGACGUCGAGAUGCAAGUAAUCGAAGGCAUCUCUCCUAGCGCCGUGGAAGGCCAGCCUGAAUACAUUCCGAUGGGUGCAAAGCAUAUGGUCACUAAGGACAACGACAUCAUCGAGGUCGACUCGUCUCGACCCUAUGAGCUUCUAUAA